CAAUUUAGAAAUUUUCACUUCAGUUAAAAGCACUUAGGUGACGAUCAAGUAAUUAGUGGGACUGUGAUAUCUUGUGAGUGUUUGUGACGUAUAUAAAAUAAUUGAAAAAAAAUGGAGGAGGUGAAGGCAGACGAAGGAGACAAAAAGAAGAAUCCCUAUGAUAGAGCCAACUUCAUUUCAAAGUUAUUUUUUCUAUUUUUAUUACCCUACUUUGUGAAAGGCUACAAAAGGGAACUGACCGAAGAUGAUAUGUAUGGUCAUCGACAUAAACACGAUUCCGGAAAGCUUGGAGAGAGAUUGGAAGCAGCUUGGCAGUACCAGGUUAAGCACAAAAAGAAUCCUUCACUCAUCAAAGCUCUCUGUAGCAUAUUUCUUUUUGAAAUCUUCAUGCUCUGGAUCAUUGUAUUUGCUGCUGAAAUAAUCAGGUUGAGCCAACCUAUGCUGAUAUCAAUGCUUCUCACACUGUACGAUGAAAACCAAGUUGCAGAAAACCAGAAAUAUUUGUAUAUAUACUCAGGACUUAUUGUCCUGUCACUAUUGAUAACUGUGUUCCUUAUGCAUACCUUCCAACUACAGAUUAUGCAAGUGGGCAUGAAGAUGAGGAUUGCAUGUUGUUCUCUCGUGUACAGGAAAGCUCUCAGAUUGAACAAAUCCGCUCUUGCUGAGACCACAAUCGGACAAAUGGUUAAUUUGCUGUCCAACGAUGUGGGAAGAUUCGACCAGGCUACCCAUUUCAUGCACCAUUUGAUAAUGGGACCUGUGGAGACAUUGGUUGUUAUGAUUUUGUGUUAUUUCAGUAUUGGAUACACCGGACUGAUAGGAGCUGUAUUUCUGUUAGUUUCUGUUCCAUUUCAAUCAUGGCUUGGUAAAAAGACUUCCAAGUAUAGGUUGAAUACAGCUCUGCGUACGGAUGAACGAGUACGUUUAAUGAAUGAGAUAAUUUCUGGUAUACAAGUGAUAAAAAUGUACGCCUGGGAAAAAUCUUUCGCCAAGUUGGUGGAACUAGCCAGAAUGAGGGAAAUGAAGUUCAUCCGUCUCACAUCUACCAUCAGAGCCAUAUUGAUGUCAUGUGCUAUUGUUCUCAACAGAGGAGCAGUCUUCUGGUGUAUCCUAGUUUAUGUACUCACGGGAAACCCCCUUAACUCCGCUUAUGUUUUCACAAUGACCUCAUUCUAUCGACUUUUGAACACGAUUACAAUGUUCUUUCCCCAAGCAAUUUCGCAAGUCUCAGAAAUGUUCAUAUCUAUUAAAAGAAUCAGAACCUUCCUGAUGUUCGAUGAACUCGAUUUUGGAACCGUCAAUUCACUGAAAAGUAUAACAAAUGGAGUGAACAAAGAUGGACUUACUACCGGAAGGAAAGAUGUGGGAAUUCGGUUGAACAAAGCUUCUGCAAAGUGGUUGAAAUCUCUGCCAGAAAAUAAUUUAGAAGAUAUAUCUUUGGAUGUGACCAGCGGAGAUCUUGUUGCUGUAGUGGGAUCUGUAGGAAGUGGCAAAACUACCCUGCUCAACAUGGUACUUGGAGAAUUAGUACCUCAAGCUGGCACUGUCAAAGUGAAGGGAACCGUUUCCUACGCCUCUCAAGAGCCUUGGUUGUUUGGAGGCAGUGUUAGGCAAAACAUCAUCUUUGGGCAGGAAUUUGAUCAGAGGAAAUACGACGAAGUUGUCAGAGUUUGUGCCUUAGAAAGAGACUUCAAACUCUUUCCCCACGGUGACAGAACUUUAGCUGGCGAAAGAGGUGUUACCUUGAGCGGAGGACAAAGAGCCCGGAUCAACCUAGCCAGGGCGGUCUACAAAGAAGCAGACAUCUACCUAUUAGAUGACCCAUUAUCAGCUGUUGAUACCCACGUUGGAAAGCAACUAUUCGAUGAAUGCAUCUGCGAGUAUCUGAGAGAAAAAUGCGUUAUUCUGGUGACCCACCAACUUCAGUACUUGAAAAAUGUAAAUAACAUAUAUCUACUAGAUUAUGGAAAAGUUCUGGUAUCCGGAUCAUAUGAUGAGAUCAGAACUUCCGACACCAAGUUCUCCAGGAUGUUGGCCAACUUGGAGGAAGAAGAGGAAGAGAUAAGGAGGAAGUCCAUGAUAUUGGCGGAGAAACAAGAAGAGCAACUCUUAGAUGACGACGACCAAAUACAAAUUUUACAGAGGGAGGAAAAAGGAGUGGGAGGAAUUUCUUGGCAUGUUUACAAGAGUUAUAUGAAAGCCGGUGGAAAUAUUCUGAAAGUGUUUCUGUUAUGUUCAGUUUUUUUACUGAGUCAGGUAUUGGAGAGUGGUGCGGAGUAUUUUGUUACAUUCUGUGUAGGUUCAAGUUGGCUCUCCCAGAGAAACACCACGACUAGCGCAGUCAAAUUAAUAGAAUUUCGAAAUAUCACUGAAGAAACUACAAAUCCAUUAGAUUCCUAUGAAGACUGGUGGCUCACACCCGUUUUUACGUCAGAUAAUACCAUCAUUUACUACUCAGUUUUGAUUCUUUUGUUGGUUGUAAUAGUAUUUACGAGAUCUAUAUCCUUCUAUAGAUGGUGUAUAACUGCUUCUACGAGAUUGCACAACCAGAUGUUUGAUAACAUUGUUUAUAGCCCGAUGAGAUUUUUCACCAUUAAUCCAUCUGGUAGAAUCCUCAACAGAUUCUCCAAAGAUAUUGGUGCGCUGGAUGAAACAUUACCCAUGACACUUCUUGAUACCAUUCAGAUUGCGAUAUCUGUCGCUGGCAUAUGCUUGGUGAUUGGCUCGCUCAGUGUGUGGAUUAUGGUACCAACCCUUCUGAUUGGCAUUUUAUUCUACUUUUUGAGAGUUAUAUUCCUGAGAACCAGCAGAGACGUCAAAAGAGUAGAAUCAGUCACUCGAAGUCCCAUUUACACUCACCUAUCAGCAUCUCUUCAAGGCCUGACCACCAUAAGGGCCUUCAAAGCCCAGGAAAUACUCAAGAAAGAAUUCGACAANUGCUGCUUUUUAUAU